UGGAACACGAGAGGAAACACCAGCAGCACUGCAGCCUUCGGGUCUCCCAGAUGAGAAGCGAUCAGCCACAAACCCUCGCAGCUCCUCGAUCUCCGCUGGAGCUCCUCCGCCAUCUCAACGCCCUGGCGAACAAAAAGAAAGAAAGAAUAAACAAUAAACUGAUCCUUUUCCUGUCACCUGACGUGCCUAUGCGUCGUCACGCUGUCACGCCGUCGCAUGCGUUUACGUAAAGCUCGCGCUCCGGUUUCCCUGGCGGAGAAGAUGGCGGCUCCGGGACCGGGGGAGUAUUUCAGUGUCGGGAGCCAUGUCUCUUGCCUCACCUGUUUAGGACAACGUUUACAGGGAGAGGUGGUGGCUUUCGAUUACCCGUCCAAGAUGUUGACUUUGAAAUGCCCUUCCUCCAGCGGUAAGCCCAACCUCAGUGACGUCAUCUUGGUUAACUUAGCCUAUGUUUCAGAAGUGGAUGUUAUUAACGACCACACAGAGACUCCUCCUCCUCUAGCAUCCUUGAACAUUAGCAAGCUUGCCAGUCGGGCAAGGACAGAAAAGGAAGACAAGUUGUCCCAAGCCUAUGCAAUCAGUGCUGGGGUGUCUGUCGAGGGCCAGCAAUUAUUCCAGACUAUACACAAAACCAUCAAAGACUGUAAAUGGCAGGAGAAGAACAUCAUUGUUAUGGAUGACGUCGUAAUCUCGCCACCAUACCAGGUGGAGAACUGCAAAGGCAAAGAGGGAAGUGCUCUAAGUCAUAUACGCAAAAUUGUUGAGAAACAUUUUAAAGAUGUGGAAAGCCAGAAGUCGAUGCAGCGUACACAAGCACAGCAAACACAGAAGGACUCAUCUUUAUCCUCCUGAGUCGAGGGGGUAUGGCUCAUCCGGGGAGGGCACCACGGGCAUCAAGGGCCUAACAGCUGGUCGAAACCAGCUCUCUUCUCCCCCUCGAAGUCCGAGGGAGGAUGCACCAAGGGCCAAGGGUCUGGAAGAUCAACAAAAGAAAAAAAAAAAGUUUUAAGAAAAAAAAACGUGAGAGUGAAAAGAGUUCAUUCUAAAUUAGACUUUAUGAAGAUAAUUUAAAACACCAACCAUAGUUUCUUUGACUAAAUUACAGUGUCUUACCCCCUCUCUGCCCCCUUCUCCCUCCUCCUGAUUCAUCUGAAUUAGCUUUUCAUAUUUUCUUCUCUCUUCCUUCGACUAUUAUUCCAUUUUGUCAAAAAAAGAAAAAAACAAACCAGUCAGAAAAGCUUGUUAGCUUUUACUUUUUAUGCUUUUUUUUUUCUCUCUUUCUUUUGGCUGUUUGUGUUCUACAAUUGUCUGUCUGUUCUGUAUUUUAAACAAAAUGUGACUUCAGAUGCCACACGUUACAAAGGACAUUUUCUAAAAUAAAAGUAACAAUUCUGACUGUAA